AUGGCUGGUGACUCCUUCUCCUUCUUUGCCCUUGGAGAUUUCGGCGUCAAUGUUCACCACUUCAUUCCCUCCAUGUCAAGGCAUUUUCUGCAAAGUGCUCUUGCAAUGAAGCUUCUGGCCCAGUCUCCCGAGAUUGACCUUCGCUUCGUGACUCUUUUGGGCGACAACGCGUACCCAAUGGGGGUUUCAGGGACAGAGGAUGUGGUGUGGCGUGGCAUCCUUGAGGACGUGUUUCAGUUUGGCUAUGGGCUCAAGUGGUAUGCGGUCCUCGGGAACCACGACUACUACAACGUCGCCCCCGCCCAGGUGGCGUACACGUACCGGCAUGGCUAUCUGUCCGAAGAAGCGGGCAGGUGGUACAUGCCAGCGAACUGGUACAGCGAGGUCGUGGAGCACAAGGGCAUCGGCAUCUGCAUGCUCGCGCUCGACACUGAGCAAGCCACAGGCAUGUCACAACACAGUGAGAAGGGCAACGACAUCUUCCCUUAUUUCCGCAAGCAGCAAGCCUGGUUCGAACGGGAGGUCUCCAAACCAGAGUGUCAACAAGCCCACUGGAUUGUCGUCUUAGGGCACCACCCUGUCAUAUCAGCAGGAUGGCGUGGUUCCGCACCACACAUGCAGCCCUUCCUCGACCUAAUGGUAGCCUGGCAUGUUGACCUGUUCCUUUGUGGCCAUGACCAUGGUUCGCAGCAUGCGGAGCACAUGGGCCUCCAUGUCAUUGGGGCUGCCGCCGCUUCUCUACCCGGGGGCACAGGACCCGUUGACGAUCCAAGAGUGGAUUUCUUCCAUGGGCCCUCGCCUGUCUUCGCGAUGUUUACAGUCUCACGUCAACAGAUCCGGGGUGGUUUCCGGUCGGGCGAAAAUGCCUCAUGGCUUUUUCGCUACAUGCAGGGAUCAGGCCAGCGGGAGGUACGACUUCGAAAUGGGCUGAGCAACGCCUCCUUUUUGAGUUGUCGCUCUUCGGUCUGUCAGCGUGAUGGGAAAGGCAGAAAAACCACUCCCUCCAGGCUGCGCAUGGUUUAG